AUGGAAGACCCCGAUAGCCAGGAAACUCGCGAUUUCGUCACAGCGCAAAAUGCACUAACGAAUGAGAUUCUAUCGGGGAUAAAGGGUAGGGAGAAGCUGAAGGAGCGACUGACGGAUCUGUUGGAUUCUCCUGAGUAUGGUUGUCCGUUCAAGUACGGCAGCAACUACUUCUACUUUCACAAUACUGGGCUCCAAGCACAUAGUGUUCUCUACGUGCAGAAAUCGCUGGAAGACGAAGCCGAGGUUCUGCUGGAUCCGAACACGUGGAGUGACGAUGGGACUGUAUCUCUUGGCACGUACUCUUUUAGCGAGGAUGGCGAGUACCUGGCGUACGCUGUGAGCCAGAGCGGCAGCGAUUGGAACGCCAUUAAGGUGCUGCGCGUGGGGACUAAGGAUAACGAGCCGGACGAGCUCAAGAACGUGAAUUACACGUCUAUUGCGUGGACGCACGACAACAGGGGCUUCUUCUACAACCGAUACGACGGAGUGGAUGCGGAGGGGGCGGCAGCAGGGACGGCGAGGGUGGUGAAUCAGCGGGUGUACUACCACGUGCUGGGGCAGGCGCAGGCUGACGAUGCGCUGUGCUGGGAGAGCAAGGCCCAUCCCACGUGGAUGUUUGGUUCAGAAUACCUCAUUAUAAGCACGUGGGCGAACUGCGACCACGACAAUCUUGUCCACGUCAUCAACCUCCAGCAGCUGCCACGUGGACGCCUGGAUGGCUCUCCAGUGCACGCUGCCUCUGCAUCUGAUGGGAACAAUAGGAAGGAUAAGGAAGAUGAGAGCGUUGAGAAGGAUGCAAGCAAUGAGAAUGAAGAGACUGUAGUCUUUAAAAGAGAUGAUAGGGAUGAUGAGGAUGGUGGGGAUGGUGGCAGUGGUGGGGAUGGUGGGGAUGGUGAUGGUGGUUCUGUGCGCCUGCCUGCCAUCGCCCUUAGACGCCUCUUUGACGGCAUGUUCAGCUACGUGACAAAUGACGGCCCGGCGUUCACCUUCCACACCAAUAAGGACGCGCCACGUGGCAAGGUGGUGCGGAUUAUUCUGCCAGAGGGUACUGGGUCGGACGGUGGGCACGAGGAAGGGGAGGAUGAAUUGGGGGGUGCAGAGGGCAGGCAGAAGAGGAAGGAGGGGGAGAAGGGGGAGGAAGAGGAUGGGAGGUGGGAGGAGGUGAUAGGGGAGGCGGAGGGGGAUGUGUUGGAGUGGAUCCGGUGUGUGAACCAGGACAUGCUGCUGCUCUGCUACAUGCGCGACGUGAAAAACGUGCUAGAGGCAAUGGCAGUGGCGGUAGGGGAGGCGGAGGGGGAUGUGUUGGAGUGGAUCCGGUGUGUGAACCAGGACAUGCUGCUGCUCUGCUACAUGCGCGACGUCAAGAACGUGCUAGAGGUAUGCAGUCGUGCUCGAGGUAUGCAGUCGUGCUCCAGGUAUGCAGUCAUGCUCGAAGGUAUGCAGUCGUGCUCCAGGUAUGCAGUCAUGCUCCAGGUAUGCAGUCGUGCUCCAGGUAUGCAGUCGUGCUCCAGGUAUGCAGUCGUGUUCCAGGUAUGCAGUCGUGCUCCAGGUAUGCAGUCGUGCUCCAGGUAUGCAGUCGUGUUCCAGGUAUGCAGUCGUGCUCCAGGUAUGCAGUCGUGCUCCAGUCGUGCUCCAGGUAUGCAGUCGUGCUCCAGGUAUGCAGUCGUGUUCCAGGUAUGCAGUCGUGCUCCAGGUAUGCAGUCGUGCUCCAGGUAUGCAGUCGUGCUCCAGGUAUGCAGUCGUGCUCCAGGUAUGCAGUCGUGCUCCAGCUCUCUGCUCUCCACAGUGCCCCUCCCCAUGAGCGCUGUCUCCUCCUCCUCGGUGCCGCUCCCGAUGGGCGCUGUCUCCUCCUCCUCUCCAAGGUGCCCCUCCCCAUGGGCCCCAUCUCCUCCUCUCCGGUUAGCAGGAGGCGUUUUAAGCCAGUUUCACCCUUUCUCCCUGUCUCCCUCGCAGAUCCGCUCCCUUACCGAUGGCUUGCUGCUCUCCACAGUGCCGCUCCCGAUGGGCGCUGUCUCCUCCUCCUCGGGUCGUCGCAGCGACAGCGAGGCUUUCUUUUCCUUCGAGAGCUUUCUCUCCCCCCGCACCAUUUUCCGCUGCGACCUCACCACCCCUCAACCUGAACCCGAGGCCGCCAACGGCUUUGAGAGCUUCCUCUGCCCCCACGCCGUGUACCGCUGUGACCUCACCACCCCUCACCCUGAACCAGAGGUGCGUGCUUGUACUGGCGAUGCGCGCUUCUCCCUUGUGAGCUUCCGCUCCCCCGCCACCGUGUCCCGCUGCGACCUCACCGAACCAUACCUGGCGGAACCUGAUGUGUGUGCUUGCACUGCCUCACCCGGCGGAACCGGAUGUGUGUGCUUGCACUGGUAUGUGAUUGACGGGAAGAGGGCUAAGCUCUCCUUCCUUCUUCCGUUCCCCCGGCCACCGUGUCCCGCCUCACCCGGCGGAACCGGAUGUGUGUGCUUGCACUGGUAUGUGAUUGACGGGAAGAGGGCUAAGCUCUCCUUCCUUCUUCCGUUCCCCCGGCCACCGUGUCCCGCCUCACCCGGCGGAACCGGAUGUGUGUGCUUGCACUGGUAUGUGAUUGACGGGAAGAGGGCUAAGCUCUCCUUCCUUCUUCCGUUCCCCCGGCCACCGUGUCCCGCCUCACCCGGCGGAACCGGAUGUGUGUGCUUGCACUGGUAUGUGAUUGACGGGAAGAGGGCUAAGCUCUCCUUCCUUCUUCCGUUCCCCCGGCCACCGUGUCCCGGUAGGUGGCACAUGCAUGUACGUCUUGUGUUCGUGUACCUGUGUUGUCACCAGGUGCACCGGCAGCUGACCGUUCCAGGCUUCGACCCCUCUCUGUUUGAAGCGCAGCAAGUGUUUGUGCCCAGCACCGAUGGCACCAGGAUCCCCAUGUUUGUGGUGUGUCGUAAAGACCUCCCCCACACAUCAGACCACUUCACUCUCCUGUACGGCUACGGAGGCUUCGACAUCUGCAUCAAGCCGUCCUUCAGUGUGGCCCGGGUGCUGCUGAUGAGGCACCACGGAGCCGUGGUGGCAGUGGCGAAUAUCCGCGGAGGGGGGGAGUACGGGGAGAGGUGGAGGCGCGCUGGCCCACAAGCAGCAAGCUGCGCGGAGCAUCUGAUACAUGAGGGGUACACAUCGCCGUCGAAGCUGGUGAUAGAGGGUGGCAGCAACGGGGGGUUGCUCGUCAGUGCUGCUGUCAACCAGGUGAUGAUGCAGAGCGGCAACACUCUGACGGGGUAUACAUCGCCGUUGAACCUGGUGAUAGAGGGUGGCAGAAAUUCGACUCAGCAAAUACCUCCCAAGCUCCCAACUCCCAAGCUUUAUGAUAAGGAUAAGCGAGGGGGGCUGGUGAAGCUGGUGAUAGAGGGUGGCAGCAACGGGGGGUUGCUCGUCAGUGCCGCCGUCAACCAGGUGGGCAUGCUUGUGCCCAACCAGUUGGAAACAGGGGCAGCUGAUGCCAUCCUCCCUUCUCUCUUCCCCCUUCCCCUUGUCCUCUUCUCCCUUCCCCUUGUCCUCUUCCCCCUUCCCCUUGUCCUCUCCUCCCUUCCCCUUGUCCUCUUCUCCCUUCCCCUUGUCCUCUUCUCCCUUCCCCUUGUCCUCUUCUCCCUUCCCCUUGUCCUCUUCUCCCUUCACCCAUCUAACUUUUCCAAUUUCCCUCUCCUACUGCCUACUCCCUACUCCCUUCUCCCUUCUCCAUUCUCCUUUCCCCCUUCUCCCUUCUCCAUUCUCCCUUCUCCAUUCUCCCUUCUCCUGUGUUCCACCCAUCAGCGCCCAGACCUGUUCGCAUAUGCAUUGGCACACGUGGGGCUGACAGACAUGCUGCGAAUCCACCACUUCACCAUCCGGCAGGCAUGGACCUCCCCGUAUGGUUGCUCCAGCAGCACCCUUCAUGUCUUCUCACGCCUCCCCCAUUCUCCCUGUUCUCAGCGUCCAGACCUGUUCGCAUGUGCCUUGGCACACGUGGGGCUCACAGACAUGCUGCGAUUCCACCAGUUCACCAUCGGCCAUGCGUGGACCUCUGAGUAUGGCUGCUCCAGUGACCCGCACCAGCUCAAAUCGCUUCUCAGCUACUCCCCUCUGCACAAUGUGAGGCGGCCCUGGGAAGCUGCCAGCCCCACCAACAGCAACAACAUCACAUGCACGCAUUCAGAUUCCGCUGAUGUGCCAGCAAAAGCUGACGUGGCAGCAGAAGCUGACGUGGCAGCAGUGAAGCGGCAGUGGGGAGAGCGCAGGCGGCAGUACCCGGCGGUGAUGCUGCUGACGGGCGACCAUGACGACCGCGUGCCGCCCUCCCACUCCCUCAAAUUUGCUGCUCAGCUGCAGCAUGUGUUGGUGCACAGGUGGAUGGUGGGAUGGGUGGGUGGGUUUUGGCCCGAAAGUGGGAUGAGAAUUGUGAUGCAGUGGUGGGUGGGUCCCUCCCGCUCCCUCAAGUUCGCCGCUCAGCUGCAGCAUGUGUUGGUGCAAAGCACAAAUGGUGAAGGAAAUCAGAUCAGCCCGAUUGUGUUGAGAGUAGAUGUGAAGGCAGGCCAUGGAUCGGGUGCUUCGACACAGAAGAUUAUUGAGCGUAACGCGGAUGCGUACUCUUUUGCGGCCAUUGUUACUAACACUUUGUGGGUUGACUAA